ACCGAUAGUUGUCUGCUUAGUCGGCGCGCCGACUUCUCGGUCGAUAACGAAACGCCUCGUGCUGAUUCCAAAGCCACUGGUGUUUUCAUUUGCCCUGACUUGCUACUUCGGCCAGAUCCUACUCUGACACAUCGAGAUCCGGCCCAGAGGUACCCAGCCUUGAACAGUCCGUGAGUCGUCGUUUUAGUUCGGCCGUCGUCUUCUCUUCGAUGUGGGCUUGCGAUAUGAGCGAUGGUUAUACGUUGGUCGGAGGGAUGGUCGGAAGUGCGUGCGGGCCAGACGGAUAACGUCAGACCGCGGCUCGAGCAGGGAAUCGGGCCUAGGAUUGAAACGCGAGUCCGCCGAUAUUGCUUCGUGUACCUGAGGAACGUACAUGGGGCGGAUGCAAGACUCGAAGUGAUAUAUCAUAUCAGAUACGAUACGCGAUCGACGCGGUUACCAGCCAUCGAUACGGGUGACUACCCCGAGGCCUUGUCACCCGGGACAAAGGCGAUCUGCGAGGUGUCACUUUCGUGUUAUUGCUUGCGACCUGGCACACGCCCCAUAGGACGCAAGCACCCACGCCAAAAGAGAACAAGACACAGCAAGCCCGCGGGUUUCGCCGUUGCGAGAGGAAAGUUCGAUGAUUUCUGGGGUGGUCACAAUCAUCCAUCGGAGCAAAGUUACUAUCUGCCAGUCGAUUCUCAUGUCCUUGCGACUGAGUUCAGCCUCCAAAGGUCGCUGUUGGGCUCGAUGCCCUCAAUAACGAUAAUCCCACACUCCCAGAUGAAAAGAGCCCGAACCGAUGUCACGGGAUCAUCUCUCGAGACCGAGGGGUCGGUGAAUGAAACCGCAUCCAUCCAUCUCCGUUCAUUACCACUUGCCAUCGUUCACAAAUCUAGGGCUGCAUAUCCACCAGUUCCGACCGUCGAUCCACGUAGCGUGACGAGACGUUCUUUCAUCAACGCCAUCGUUCUUCACCCUCGAACCUGACUCGAACAGAGAGCUCGCUCGACCACAUUUAUCUCGACUACCUGAACGCAAACUUUCCUCAACCUCGACACCUCUCUCCCUCAGAAAUCGUCUUGACACACCGACAACUUGCUACAACGAAGCCGAUCCGGGCUACUUUUUCCUUUCACGUUCUCUCUCA